AUGGCAGGGGAUGACAAGAUUCCGACGGUCCAGACUCUGGAGAGGCCAGAGAAGCUCGAGGACAUCCUGCGCCAGGACCGAGGCGACGACUGCCUGCCCUGCAAAGUCAUUGGUCAGUUCUUUGCCAUCGGCCCUCACGCCCCGACUCCUCAGCGGCCGGGACACUGGACUAACACCGUCGUAGGCAGCGGAGCGUUCUUUGGCCUCGCUGCCUACAGCUACUUCUCGGGAAUGUCGCAGCUCGAGAGGCAAAAGGCCCUGAUCCUCCAGAGCAAGUCCCCCUUUGGUAUGAGGAGCCGGAAACUCGGCAUCACCACCAUCUCCCUCGGUCUCGUGUGGAUGGGGCUGUGGAGGGCGCUCAAGUGA